GAAAAGUAUAAUUUAGCCAUCUUCAUCAUGGGGUUUUGUCUCCCAAAAGUCAAAAUCACUGUCAACGUCCCCAAUCUCACUCCAUAGCACACACACUGGAGUGUCGAACGAAGCACAAUCCAUAAAGAAAGAUCUGGAUCCCCAAGAUUCACAUUCUAUGCCCAUCAAUUCAGAUCCCAAUCGAUUAAUACCCUCACGUAUUUAAUAAUCGAACCAAUAAACUGUUGUUAUUGGCCCUGGUGAUUUGAUUGAUGGCUUCCCCUGGAAAUCAAAAUCAACAACCAGGUGGAGCUCCAUUUGAUGUUCAAAGAUUGUUCAACCCUUCUUCUUCACCACCACCGAUUUCACCAACCCUACAAAACCCUAAUCAUCCUUAUCCUCCACCAUCUUCCGCCGCUUCGUAUCCUCCACCCACGGUUACCGGAGGUCCAUACUCUUACCACCCUCCUCAAACUAACCCUCUUUUCCACCAUCAAUUUCAUAUCCCACCACCCCCUUUCCACCCUCAACAACAACCACCACCAGAGAAUCAUUUGCCUUCUAAUUUGCAACACCAGCGAUCACUUCCUUACCCGACAUCCCCUCUUCAACCUCCCAGCCCUAAAAACACGAACCCUAACCAUGGAGCUCGACUCAUGGCUCUUUUAAGCGCCCCACCGCCUUCCAUUCCCGAUAUUCCUUCCCAAUCAUCCAUCCCUUUACCUAACCCUAAUCUUAACUCUAUGCUCCCUUCAUCGACCGGUCCAUCGCGUAUGUCGAGCAGUAAGCUACCCAAGGGACGGCAUUUAGUCGGUGAUCGCGUUGUUUAUGACAUAGAUGUUAGGUUGCCUGGAGAGAUUCAGCCUCAACUUGAGGUCACUCCCAUCACCAAGUAUGGUUCAGAUCCUUGUCUAGUGGUCGGUCGUCAGAUUGCUGUUAACAAGACUUAUAUAUGUUAUGGUUUGAAACCGGGAACUAUCAGGGUUCUUAAUAUAAACACUGCAUUAAGAUCACUGCUUAAAGGUCUUGCUCAGAGGGUUACAGAUAUGGCUUUCUUUGCGGAAGAUGUUCACCUUUUAGCUAGUGCAAGCAUGGAUGGACGAGUUUACGUAUGGAAGAUUACAGAAGAACCCGAUGAAGAUGAUAAGCCACAAAUUACAGGAAAGAUAGUUACAGCCGUCCAAAUUGCAGGAGAAGGAGAACCUGUUCAUCCUCGAGUUUGUUGGCACUGCCAUAAACAAGAGGUUCUUGUAGUUGGAAUUGGAAAUCGUAUACUUAGAUUUGAUACUACAAAGAUUGGGAGAGGUGAAACAUAUUCUGCAGAUGAACCACUCAGAUGCCAUGUUGACAAGUUGAUUGAUGGAAUUCAGUUUGUUGGCAAACAUGAUGGUGAAGUGACAGAUUUAUCAAUGUGCCAAUGGAUGACCACUCGUUUGGUUUCUGCUUCAGUAGAUGGAACAAUCAAAAUCUGGGAAGACCGUAAAUCAUCUCCAAUUGCAGUGCUGAGGCCACAUGAUGGUCUUCCGGUCAACUCUGUUACAUUCUUGACUGCCCCUCAUCGCCCAGAUCACAUCAUACUGAUCACCGGGGGUCCCUUGAACCGUGAAAUGAAAAUAUGGGCUUCAGAAAGUGAAGAAGGAUGGUUGCUUCCUAGUGAUGCUGACUCAUGGCAUUGUACUCAAACAUUGGAACUGAAGAGUUCUGAAACAAGAACUGAAGAUUCCUUCUUCAAUCAAGUUGUUGCAUUAUCUCAAUCCGGUCUUCUCUUAUUAGCAAAUGCCAAGAAAAAUGCUAUUUAUGCUGUCCACCUGGAUUAUGGUCCAAACCCGGAAUCCACCCGGAUGGAUUACAUUGCAGAAUUCACUGUCACUAUGCCAAUUUUGAGCUUUACUGGCACUAGUGAUCUCUUACCACAUGGGGAACACAUCAUUCAGGUUUAUUGUGUCCAAACACAAGCCAUUCAGCAAUAUGCUUUGGACUUGUCUCAAUGCCUACCACCUCCAUUUUAUGAUGAAAAAAUUGGUUUGGAAAGCAAAUUGGAUGACAUGCCAUUGGCGGAAGCUUCCGCCUCUUCCCUAAAUGAGACUGAUAUUUCUUGUGUUUUGUCACCACCAGUUUCUUCAAGCCCUAAGUUAUCUAGAAAUGUUUCUGACCUGAGAACUCCAUCUGGCGGUUUUGAGCCACGUCAGCAAGUAAAUGGUUAUGAGGAUCUGAAGAUUCUGGAAACUUCUAAUUCAAAUUUGGCUAAUACGCCCUCGCUGGAUGAUGAUACAAGGAUUGAUGAAAGUAAAGUUGUUAAAGAUGAUCGAACUGUUAAAUUUAUGCAUCCGACUCAUCUAGUGACUCCUGCUGAAUUGAUGGCCACGUCAUCAUCUGAAAUAAAUCAUGUUACAGAGGUAACACAUGACGUGGCGGUCAACCCAGAUACGCAGAAUGCUGAGGUGGAGGUGAAGGUUGUGCGUGAAAUGGGAACGAGUCAAAAUGCUGACGAGGCGAAGGAAAAGUCAAAAUUAUUCUCGUCACAGGCAUCGGGACUCGGAAUCGAUAUGGCACGGGAGACUUACGAGCUGAAACAACUUGAUGAGGUGGCGGAUCAAACUUCAGAUGUUCUGGAUGAUGUUCAAGACAUGGAAAUUGAGUCGGCUGUUCCUGUGGGUCCCACAUCAAAAUCAAAAAAGAAAAAGGGAAAGAAUGCUCAAAGCGUGUUGAAGUCAACCGAUUCGUGUGAUGAAUUAGGUGGGAGUUUGAGUUUGAGCAUCCUUUCACAAAUUCAGUCAAUGCAAGAAGCAAUUGGUCAAAUUCUGAGCAGUCAAAAGGAAAUCCAGAAGCAGAUUCCGGUGGUGGUUGGGAGCCCGAUUACAAAAGAAGGAAAAAGGAUCGAGGCGGGAAUCGGGAAAACCAUGGAGAAAAUUCAUAAAGCCAAUUCUGAUGCUUACCUGGCGCGUUGUCAAGAAGAGUUUGCAAAACAGGAAAAGUCAAACCGGGAACGCUAUCAGCAGAUCGCCACGUCAGCUGCAAACAGUCACAAGGAAUUGCUUACAUCAUCCGAGAAAAUCUUGAAGAAGGAAAUGGCUGCAGUGGGGCCCGCUGUCGGACGAUCUGUUACUCCAGUUAUCGAAAAGGUAGUCACGACAGCUGUCUCCGAGGCUUUCCAGAGAGGCAUAGGUGAUAAGGCUGUAAAUCAGUUGGAAAAAACAGUUAAUACCAAGCUUGAAGCAACUGUUUCAAGGCAAAUUCAAGUCCAAUUUCAAACAUCUGGAAAACAAGCUUUACAGGAAGCACUGAAGAGUAGUAUGGAAGCUUCUGUUCUUCCUGCUUUCGAGAUGUCCUGCAAAACCAUGUUUGACCAAAUUGACUCCACAUUUCAAAAAGGAAUGGUUGACCAUACAACCGCAGCUCAUCAGCAAGUUGAAUCUAUACAUUCGCCUUUAGCAUUUGCUUUGAGGGAUACUAUCAAUUCAGCAUCAUCGAUAACUCAAACAUUGACCAGUGAGUUGACUGAUGGUCAACGGAAAUUGGUGGCUCUUGCAGGGUCAAAAUCGGUAAAUCCAUUAUUAAGCCAAAUCAGCAACGGGCCCAACAGUGGUUUCCAUGAGAAGAUGGAAGCACCAGUGGAUCCAACAAAAGAGCUAUCAAGAUUAGUAUACGAGCACAAAUACGAGGAGGCUUUUACUUCCGCCCUUCAAAGAAGUGAUGUACGGAUCGUUUCCUGGUUAUGCUCACAGGUGGAUUUACAGGGGAUAUUAACGAGUAAUCCUGUACCUUUGAGCCAAGGGGUAUUACUGUCAUUACUGCAGCAGUUGGCAUGUGAUAUCGGGAACGAUACAUCUAGGAAACUUGGAUGGAUGAUGGAUGUAGUGGUGGCGAUCAAACCAACGGAUGGGAUCAUCGCGAUGCAUGUGAGGCCGAUAUUUGAACAGGUGUAUUCAAUCAUGAACCAUCAAUCGAGUAUUCCCACGACUUCCGUUGCUGAGCUGUCAAGCAUACGUGUUGUUAUGAGGCUUGUCAACUCUACACUUCGGACCAUGUAAUAAUGAUGUAAGUAAUUUCAUUUAAGAUUCAGGAAUCUUUUGUUUUGUACAAAGUUAUUUGGAUUUUUGUACCCAAGAAUUGGAUAUUUUUUUUACCUCUGUUUUGUUUUCUCUAGAAAAUUGACAUUUAUUUUUUAUGUAUUGAUAAUUCUGACU